AUGCAGGUUCAUGGUGGAGACUGGCGCUCGGAGGUGGGAUCAAUUCUAGGAGAAGGUGGAUAUCAUGGUGUAGGAGGAGAAGAAGGCCACGUAGAUGGUGGCGAGAGAGGAGAAGGAGCUGAAGGCUGUGGAGGAGGAACAACAGCCCGCUCGUGGCCCGUUCAAUUUUGGCCCGCUCGGUCCUGGACCGACAAGAAAACAGUCCGGUCCGGGCCCAGAUAUUCAGACCGAAAAAAAAUCGGUCCGGUCCGGUCUUUAACCGGGCCGAACGAAAGGACCGAGCCCAAUAACCAGAAGAACAAAAGCAGAGGAACGGCGGCUCGGCCCUCGCUCGUCUUCUCCUCUUCCUCGUUACACAGAGGAACGGCGGCUCCUCCUCCUCUCCCUAACCCUAACCCUAAGGCGACGGCGCCGUCGGCCGCGCCUCCGAUCACCGACGAGACCACGCCGUCGAUCCCUCCACUCUUAGUCCAAGCUGGAGGAUCAUCCUCACGUCGGGGUCGCAACAAGACCACGCCGUCGAUCCCGCCGGCGACCUGGAGGAUCAUCUUCUUCCCAGACCUAGCGACGGCGCCGUCGCACGUCGCCCCAUCCGGCCGUCCAUCUCCAAUCUCCGUCGCCACCUGGACCUCUCCUACCACGCCGUCGGUCCCGCCUUCUCCUGUUGUCGUCAUCUCGUCAACCACCACCUCCUCGUUUGCACCUGCACGCGAAGGAAUGAGGAGUGGAGGAGCCGCGAAGCCGAGGAGGGAGCACCGCGGCUGCACCUGCACGCCGACGUCGAGACGUCGACCAUCGUCGACCACCUCCUCCCGUUGGCUGUCCGCCGUUGACCACAAAGCUGGAGGACACGGGGGAGUAGCACCUGCACCUCACGUCGACGCCGUCAGUUGUUCAUUCUGCACUUCGUAUGAUCUUUCUUCAGUUGGCAUCUUUCUUCAGUUGGAACGAACUGCAGCCGGUCCAUUCGGUCCCGUCGGUCCUCACCGAGCUAAGCUGCAGCCGGUCCGGUUCAGAGAAACAGGACCGCAAGUAACAUCGGUCCGGUCCGGGCCGGGCCAGCUGCGGCCGGUCCAAAGCGAGGCUCGGUCAGGGACCGGACCGGCCCGGACCGUGUCCACCCUGACCUAGUACUGAGAAAUACCAUGUUUGGCCAUUUUAACUUAGAAUGGAGUUGGGAUACUUCUACUAUAUCUGUAUUACUAUGGUCAUCCCAUCAUUGUGUAUAUGCUGUGUUGCAGAACGCACAUAGGGAACUCAAAAAGGGUAAAGUAAAAAAAUGUGAAAAAACAAGCCUCGUAGUGAAGAAUCUUGCCCCCAAAAGAAGCCCAAAGCAUUCAAGCCCAAGUAACUGUGAUCUUAAUGCACAAUGUCACCGGCUUGCUGAUUGGGAAUGUAAUGUUUUGUUAGUUUUUUAGUUAGUCGAGCCACUGCCAUCGGGGCCGAUCAUACUCUGAACAGAUUGAAAUUUAAACCUUUCGAUUAUCUAAUCUUACCAAAGAACAGAAAUGUGUCUUUUCUUAAACUUGAAUCGUCCUGGUAAAAGUAUGUAUUUUCACUUUCACCUGCAGUUGUCUCUAUGUGGAAGGCGAAGUUUCUCUAGGUGCAGACCUAAACAAUAGUGAGACAUUGUAGGCGCAGACGUGAAUAAUAGUGAGACAUGGUAGCAACUAGCAGACGUGAAUAAUAGUGAGACAUGGUAGCAACUAGCGAAAAGUGCAAGAUGCAUGAUCAACUUUUCUUUUUCCAAUUCAUUGUACAUUUGUUGCUCUUUGACACCUCCUUGAAAGCACUGCAUACAGCUGCAGUUUGGUUCUCAUAUUUUCACACUGUGCUUAAGGCGAACAAUGGAUGGCUAAGCACCUAUUUAUUUCUAGUUUUGAUCUGUUGAUACACACCGCUGGGCGUGAUCAUAUUUUACAUUGAUGUAAAGAAGCAAUGCAAUCUAUAUCGCAUGCAAGUUUGGAAAA